AUGCCGUCACCACUGAAGGUGUGGACACAGCUACAAUCAAAAUCGGUAGCAUUUGAAGUCACCGCUGAUAUUCAAGGUACCCCUGUCUUUCUUCUCGUGGACAAUGGGUCCACAACAUCACUCAUAUCUCAUACAACCGCCAAGAAUUUGAGAUCACCAACUACUAUGUUGGGAGUAAGAAUCAUAGCGGUAAGUGAAACCUUCACUGAAGCUACAUCCGUCUGCCGAGGUUGCCCCAUUGAUCUGGGAAACAAAAGAAUAUGCGUAGACCUUAUCGUCACAAGGGUCUUCCAUUAUGACGUGAUCCUAGGUAUGAACUGGCUCUCCGCAAUGAGAGCUGAGAUUGAUUGUGAGGAUCGGACGGUGGCAAUUUAUGAAGAUGGUAGCUCUCCUUUUACGUUUCCGGUUCAAGUUAGCUAUCCACAACGAGUCCUCUAUUAUGCAUCGUUAGAAGAGGGCAGCAAAGAACUUUCAUUAACAUACACACCCGUGGUCAAAGACUACGUCGAUGUAUUCCAACAAUUAUCGAGACUCCCUCCCCGGUGGGAGAUUGAUUUCACCAUAGAGUUGGUGUCGGGCACUGCGCCUAUUUCUCUUCCGACCUGCUGA